CCGCCGAGUCGACCGACUUUGGCACUGACAUGGGUCUCGUCCCAAAGGCGCUCAAGAAGAAGAAGAAGGAUCCGUACGCGGCGCCUGCCGCCUCGACGCCCAACACGGGCACGCCGCAGCCCUCGCCCAAGCCGGCGACGCGAGCGGACGAAGCUCCGACGCCGACCAACGAAGCGCUCACCGUGCAGCUGCUGGGGGCGCACGCGGAGGCGCGCGAGGCGCAGGCCAAGGCGAACGAGGAGCUCGCCGCCGCGUACGCACGCGCCGAGGAGGCGCUCGCCGACGCCAGGCAGGCGCGGACUGAGGCGGCCGAGGCGGUCGAGGCGCAGGCGGCGCUGCAGGCGUCUGUGAGAGCGCUGGAGGAGCGGGUCGCCACGCAGAGCGAGGAGAUCGAGACGCGCGAGGAGGCACUGGCGACGCUCGAGACCGCCUUCUCCGAGCGGGAGGCGGAGACGGCGCGGCUGCAGCAGGCGCUGGCGGCGACCGAGGCGGAGCUCGACGCCGCCUCCUCCAAGCAGCCGGGGCAAGACUCCGCCUCGUGCGCCGACGCGCCGACCCCAGACCGCCGGCUCGAGGAGCUCGCGGCGGCGCUGGCCGCUGCAGAGGCGGCGCUGACAUCCUCGGAAGGAGCGAGGGCGGAGGCGGAGGCGGCGCGGGCGGAGGCGGAGGCGGCGAGGGACGCGGCGGCCGGGGAGGCGGCCGGGGAGGCGGCGCCGCCGUCAGCUCUCGCAGCGUCGACAUCGAGGCGUUCGGCGCCGCCGCCGC